UUUGCGCAUAACCUUCUUCACGAGGUUAAAAAAGAUAGGUACCUUGAUCAUAAUCUACAUGUUUAGAGAAACCAGGAGGCGAAGACUGGACACCAGACUGCACAACACCCAGGAGACGAAAAAGCUAUUUACAACAUGGCGGACGAAGAGACUCCAGCACCAGAAGUUCAAGAGACAGAGACUGCUCCACCCGCUGGUGAGGAGGGCGUUACUGAAGCAGAUGGCAAGACAGAAGAGGAGCAAGCAGCUGGUGAGGAGGCUACAGAAGCUGUAGCGCCUGCAGCUGAAGAUGCAGCUCCGAUAGAAGCCCCUCCUGAAAGCCAAGACACAGCAGCAGCCCCAGAGGAGGAGGCUGCAGCUCCACCAGAGGAGGGGGAGGAGCCAAGUGCCCCCACAGAGGGGGGCGAAGCAGCACCCGACUCUGAAGCUGAGAAGCCCGAGGGGGAAGGAGAGGUGACAGAGGGGGGAGAGGCAGCAGAGGGACAGGAGGAAGGAGAAGGAGGCGACGAUGCCGAGAAGGAAGGCGAAGGGGAAGGAGAGGCUGGCGAAGAUGCAGGGGAUGCUGGUGAAGCAACUGAGGGGGAGACAACUGCAGCAGAAGGAGAAGAAGACCAGGAGAAACCAGAAGGGGAAGAUGAGGGGGAAGCAGCUGUCACUGACGAGGCAGCAGAGCAGAAAGAAGAAGGAGCAGAGGAGACAGGCGAGGCCCCAGCCCCUCCAGGCGAAGAGGAGCAAGAGGACAAACCGGCCUCCCCUCUCCCGCAGAGUGAUACGUUCGCAGAGGGGGAGAGGCCUGAGACUCCUGUGGUGGCUGUGAUCGAACCAUUGUCCAGGGAGGGGAGUCCCCAGCUGGAGCCGGAUCAGCUGGAGGCGGGCACACCCGAAAGGCUAGAGUCUCCCCAAGAAGAGGAAGAAUUUGACGAAGAUGAUGAACCCUGGAUAACAAGAGAGGAGUUAGUUGAGGCUUAUCAGGCGGCCCAGGCCGAACGCGAGCAGCUGCACAACCAGAACAUCCAGCUACAGCACAAACUGGCCGAGUACUUCAGGAAGAAGAAGACAGACGACCAACGGCAGGAGAUGGACAAGAACGUGACUGAUCAGGAACAGCGCUACCUCAAAUACAUGUCAAAUCUGGAGGAGCUGAGGAAGCAAGAGGAGGAAGAGCGUGAAAAUCUCAGCGAGCAGCUGGAGGAACUGAAGGAACGCAGACAGGAGAGGCUAGAUGCUGUUGAGGAGGAGUCUGACCAAUUCAGCCAGCUCAAGCGACAGUCGGCUGAGAACGCCAUCAAUAGCCGCACCGGUAAAUCCAUCACACCAAAGGACAUCGAGGCCUACCUCCUGAACGAGGCCAAGAAAGAGGAAGAAGUCAAGCAAGUCCGCCUGGAGAACAUCAAGCUGAGGAAUCGACUGCGUAAGAGAGAGCAGCAGCUGAAAGCCAAGGAGGAACUGGCUGAGGGCCUGCAUCUCAUUGACUUUGAGCAGUUGAAGAUCGAGAACCAGACUUACAAUGAGAAGAUUGAAGAGAGGAACGAGGAGCUGUUGAAGCUGCGGAAGAAGAUCACCAGCACGGUGCAAGAACUGACCCACGUCAAAGAGAAACUGCAGUUUGUUCAAGCAGAGAAUCAAGUGCAGAAGGGCAAACUGAAGGAGGUGGAGUCGCUGGUUGCUCAGAAACGUGACAUCCUUUCCAGGACCAAGAAGGCGCGCGACAGCCUGCGCAUCGACAACCAGAAGCUGCGUCAGAAAUCGGGCAUGCUGGGCAACACCCCACUGCUGAGGGACUUCGAAGAUCGGAAGGACGAAGGGGACCAGCUACGUGCCAAGCUGGAGCGGCUGAAGCGACAACACGCCGAGCUGACGCUGAACUGCUCAGGGGUACGACGGAAGAUAGAGGAGGCUCGCUCGGGCAGAAGUUGAUUCUUGCAAUUAAAACUUGAGAAUUGCAACUGUGGGAAUGCUACCUGGGGGAAAUACCAUUGCACUGGAUAGCACUUGUGUACAUUAAUCAGAAAAAGUCUUUGAUUGCUUCGUUCUCUGCUAAAUCGAGCAAAUUUGCCGUCCGGUCAUUUUGUCCAAGUAGAUCUGUUAGAUUGAAGCCUGUACAAAAGAGAUCUUCAAUGUUACGUUUCCUGCAGUUUUUACUUUUAAAACGGAACUCAAAGAGGGCACUGUCAAUGAGGUUUUUUUUUUCUAGAUGCAUUGGUCCUAAGCAUAUCAAUGUAUAUUGACUUAACUGGUUCUAAGAGAGCAUCCAAACUUUUACCAACAGAUAAACUUGUAAUGACAUUGGAAUGAACAUAUACUUGGACUACUGGGUUUUCAUCUGGCAACGAAGGAUUAUUUCAUGUUUCGUCAUUCUAAUAUCAGAAUAUGGUUUUCUUGUUUCUUCUCAUACUGUCAUUUUUAAACUCAAAACUUGGAUUUGAUUUACUGCCAAAAAUUCAUUCACAGUACUGUAUAUUUUUGGCCUGUUCGGUUUAGCUUGCUAACAAUUGUCUGGGACUUUGUACUAAAUGCAUGUGUACCAAUACAUGUAUGUAAAAACUAUGGUUAGUCUUAAUGUAUGUAAAAUUGUAAAUAGAAGUAUCUGCUCACGACUUAGGAUGGUAUGGUCCUAUAUGAUCAUCAAGGAAAGGGGUUUAUUUUACAUUCUGUUUGAUAUAUUUAUGCAUUACUUUGGGAAGGCAUGUGCUUAUUUUUGAUAAAUGCAAAUAUUUGUGAUUUUAUAUCAUUUGAUGCCUCGUUUCUUACAGGAUUGGCUUCCGAACAUCUACAGAAUGUUCAAAUGUAGCCCCCUGCAUAUUUCUCCUCCAGAAAAUCAUUCUUUGCCUUCUAGAAUUUUAUUGCAUCCUGAGGAAAUACCACAUAAUGUUUUCUGGUAUUUUGCUGAUAAAAUGUAAAUUUGAUUUUUAGUGAAGCUUUCAUAACUUAUCCGUCCAUUGCUGUAAAUAAAGUAAGAUUUAUUUCAGAAAAAUUGCCUAUUAUUUGUUUUUUUCUGAAUUAAAAGUCCUGUGCUUACUUUAACAGUA